AUGUACUGCAGUAGUGUGUGCUGUAACCGCUGGUCUUCUGAGGAGAGGCUAGAUGGAAAAACUGUCAUCAUCACUGGAGCCAACACUGGUAUUGGCAAAGAAACAGCCAGGGACCUGGCAAGAAGAGGUGCACACAUCAUCAUGGCAUGCAGAGACCUGGAGAGGGCAGAGGAAGCACGGAUGGACAUUUUGGAAGACACAGGAAAUGAGAAUGUUGUCAUCAGGAAGCUUGAUCUGUCUGACACCAAGUCCAUCAGAGCAUUUGCUGAAGUCAUCAUCAAAGAGGAGAAACAAGUGAAUAUCCUGAUAAACAAUGCAGGCAUCAUGAUGUGUCCCUACUCCAAGACUGCGGAUGGGUUUGAACUUCAGUUAGGGGUCAAUCAUUUGGGUCACUUCCUGUUGACCUACCUGCUGCUGGACCUCAUCAAACAUUCGGCUCCAGCCCGUAUUGUUGUUGUGGCAUCAGUGGCCCACACCUGGACUGGACUUCAACUUGAUGACAUCAACAGCGAGAGGAGUUAUGAUACCAUGAAGGCCUACGGACAGAGCAAGCUGGCUAAUGUCCUGUUUGCACGGUCACUAGCCAAAUGGUUACAAGGUACAGGGGUGAGCGUGUUCUCGCUGCACCCGGGGGUGGUGCAGUCUGACCUGUGGAGGCACCAGCACCAGUGUAUCCAGGUGGCAGUGAAGAUUUUCAGGAUUUUCACCAAGACAACAAUGGAGGGAGCACAGACCACCAUCUACUGUGCUGUAGAGCCAGGCCUGGAGAGACAGAGUGGAGGGUACUUCAGUGACUGUGCCCCUGCAAGGUGCUCAAGGACUGCUUCUGAUGAUGACUUGGCCCAGAAACUGUGGGAAGUCAGCUGCAACAUGCUUGGUAUCACAUGGCAGUGA